AUGGCAAAACUUAGCACUCAACUUACUACACUAUUCAUCGUUGUAGCUUUAGUGUAUGCAAUUGUUCCUGUGUUUUCGGUUGAAGAAGUCGAAGCAAAAAGAGUUUGGAAUACAUGUCUUGUUAAAAUCACCCCUAAAUGUGCGUUGGAUAUCAUUGAUGUUGUCUUUGGAAAUGGUACUCUCUCUGAUUCAUGUUGCCACGAUCUUGUCAAAGAGGGAAAAGCAUGUCACGAUACGCUCAUUAAAUACAUUUCAGACAGACCAAGCUUAAUUGCCAAAGAAACUCAGUACUUAAAGAAGAGAGAUGAUUUGUGGGCUCAAUGUGUUUCCAUCCCUAAAACUGUUUGA